UUGAAGAURUCGUGACCAUAGCCUGAGCAUGGUAACACAAUACUCAAAUAGACAUUGAMGUCGAUCAAUCAACUACGUUAUUGUCUAAAAAUAGCAACCGUGUAAUUUGAUGUUUUCUAUAAAUUCAGUCCAAGAUUUCCGCUGUAAAUAUACCUAGUGCAUUGAGAGGUUAAGAAAAAUUUCRAAAAACGUAUUAUUUGAAUUAAUAGAAGGUUUUUCGAAAGAAAAUGGAGUUCGUUUCUUCGUGUGUURGUAGCGUUUCGAGUCAUUUCGGCACACUUGUAAUAGGUUUAGCUGUAAUGGUUCUUAUUUACUGGUAUGGAACACGUAGAGCAAGAGUACUAGAGUCUGCCUUUCCAGGGAUGCCAGGACCCAAGCCAUUACCGUUCAUAGGCAAUSUAYUGGACCUGAUUGCAGCCAAAGGACAGAURCACGUUCACUUCGAUAGAUAUUACAAGAAAUACGGUAGAUUGUUUUCUGUCAGCUUCUUUGGAUCCCCAGGUCUUGUCGUUGGAGACCCAGAGAUGAUCAAAGACAUUCUUGUAAAGAACUUUGAAUGCUUUCACGAUAGACCUGAAAUGUUUACUCUUCCAGAGCCCCUGGACAAAGCAAUAAAUAUCGUGAAGGGAGAAUCAUGGAGGCGAAUCCGUAAUACCCUGUCCCCAACAUUCAGUGCCUUCAAACUAAAAGGAAUGGCACGACUAAUGAACAUGUCAUGUGAUACACUGAUGAAGAAAGCAGAGGACGUUGCCCAARCCGGCGGCAGUUUUGACAUUGUCAGACACCAGCAAGCAUUGACCCUGGACAUUAUCAUGUCAACUAUGUUUGGCAUUCAAACGGAUUAUCAAAACAACCCAAAUGAUCCCAUCAUGCAACGGGCGCUUGCAGCCAUGAAACCCAGUGUUUUCAUGCAGAYGAUGGGUAACAUAGUCCUUCCUAUGUUACCGUUUGGAAGGAAGUUUCUUACGUCAAAAGCWGGUGGGAAGAUAUUCUUUAAAGAAAUGCUGGAGUUGAAGAAUUUGRCACAGGAUGUUGUAGACGUCAAAAGGAGAGGAGAGUCGAACAGAAAGGAUCUUCUUGACUUGAUUCUAAACUCCACCAGUCACGACUCAACCGACAAAAAGAAGCUGACAGAUGACGAGGUAGUAGCACAGUGUGUUGUCUUCCUAUUGGGUGGCUACGAGACGUYAAGCACUACGCUAGCCUUGGUAUGCUAUCACCUAGCAACCAAUCCUCGGGUCCAGGAAAGAUUACAGAGCGAGAUUGACACUGUCUGGACUGAUGUAGACAAGAUGCCAUCAUACGAGACRCUACAUGAACUACCUUACCUGGACAUGGUGAUAUCGGAGACUCUCAGGCUCUGUCCUCCUGGUUUAGUACUCCUUCGGCAAUGUAAUAAGGAAUGCGUCAUUAAAGGAACCAAGAUCCCWAAAGGAGCCAUCAUUCUAAUACCCUCGUACAGCAUGCACAGGGAUCCCAACUUCUUUCCAGACCCCGAAACGUUUGACCCAGAACGCUUCAGUGAUGAAGCCAAGCACUCACGUGACCCCUACGUCUACCAACCGUUUGGGCAUGGGCCGAGGARCUGCAUUGGUAUGAGGUUUGCUCAGAUGGAAAUCAAGYUGGUUMUGGUAAGGCUAUUGAAGAAUUAUUCUUUUGUUGUGACAAAAGAUACGAAGAUUCCRCCGACYAUUGAGUCUARAGCGACYUUGACGGUGACUGAAGACAUCACACUUGGUGUGAGGAAAAGGGAACAAUACGAUGAGUAGGAAGACUACUGUGACAGACAGACAAGACCAUAGAGUAUUAUAACUGUCACCCACCGAGCACUUUUGUAACCAUACUACUUGAUAAGACUACUGUGACAGACAGACAAGACCAUAGAGUAUUAUAACUGUCACCCACCGAGCACUUUUGUAACCAUACUACUUGAUAAGACUACUGUGACAGACAGACAAGACCAUAGAGUAUUAUAACUGUCACCCACCGAGCACUUUUGCACUUUUUGUCUGUGACAGACAGACAAGUCCAGUGUACUAUUACUGCUUGUUUGGCUGAUAAAACAAAUCAAGGUGCAACAUUUAUUGUGAUUUUAUUAUUGUGAUUUUUUUUAUUAUUUACAAUAUUUACAUGUUGUUAAUUUCUAUUGCAUCAAAGUCAAGAACAAUUUGAAACAUUCAUCAUUAACACGAGAAAAUAAAUUGCCAUUAAUUUCAAUCUUAUUGAAUGAAUUAAAUUCAUUGUGGCGUAGUAAAACCCAGGAAAACUGGUCUACCUUGGUCUACCUACACCAGAACAAAACCCAGAUCCCUCUCGGCCAAACAGUAAGCAGUGAGAACAAAGAGACUGGAUGCUUGUAAUAUACAUUCCCCAAAUUAAUGCAAGUGACUAUAUAUUUGGAUCAAAGAAAUGUCGUAAGAUACAUUCUGCCCAAUCAUAUUCAGUUCUCACUAAAAUCUUAUCAGACACCAUAAUUUAAAGAGUAUUCUUCCAGACCCUUUUAUUAACUAACGGUGUAAUUUGGCCGAGGGGAAGCUGGGUAAAAAAUAGUGGUCUGGGAUUUUGGGCUGAUAUGAUAUUGGGGAUUUUGUCAGGGAACAUUUUGAAGUAUUAGACUUGAAUGGAGAUGUACAUUGAUACCAAGAAGCCAGAAGGUUUGCAUCUUACCUUUACCCUGAAAAAAGACACCGUUAUUACUGUAAGAAAUAGAUUUAUUUAAAAGCCAUCUCAAAGCUAAGUGCUACUUUCAAGUUAUACUUAUUUCAAUUAUUUCAAUAAAGUUAGUCACCUUAAAAGCUACAAAGCAGAGACCGACAAGGACCAUGGGUAGAUAUAUUUUACAUGUUUCAACCGCUUGAUAACUGUUGAUGGGCUUGCACAUCUUCUAUCAAUACAGUCUCACCUCUUCUGAGCAUCCUUAAGCUGCAGUUUGUAUCAAAAAAGUUUUACUUGUUUGAUAUUAAAAGUUACCCAGGAUCCUCAGUGAUCUCAGCUCUCUAGGUUAUUGGUGACUAACUUUAUUGAAAUAAGUAUGUAUAUAUGCAGCUAUUUCAAAAAAGGUUGAAUAAUGAAUACUGCAUAGUGAGUAGUGCAUUCCUAGACCAAAGGGCAUUGCAUGCAGUUCUCGUAUAAAUAUACAGCAAUUAACUCUCUACAUGUAGUGAAUAUAUUGUUUCUGAUGGAAUACACAAAAAAAUAUUGUAAAUAAUUAUUAUUAAUCCUACUUUAAACAAUAACGCUAUGACCCACAAUGCACAUCGGCCUUGGAAUGCAGUAUUCAGUAUGCAGUAUUCAGUAUUCAACCUUUUUUGAAAUAGCUGUAUGCGUUUGAAAUUUAAAGGUAAUAUAAUCACGAAUAUUCAAAAUGACGUCAGUCAAUAAGCCAUAUGACGCUACUUUUUACAUUAAAGCCCUAUGUUUAUUUGUAAUUUAUCACCUGAUCUUGAAAAUGACGUCAAUGAAAAAGCCAGUUGAGUGCUUUGUGCUACU